AAGAUCGUCAUGCGCUGACGACCGGAAAAAUUGCUAUUACUGCCACCUGGUGGUCAAAAUUCAGGGAAAACAAUCGAGCAUCGCCGAAUAGGGAACAAGGAAUUUGGGAUGGACGAAAGGCAAAAAAUUCUGCGUGCAGUUAGCCACGGAGAAGUCGAAGUUUUGCGGGAAAUGCAUCGCCGCUGUCGGCUGGACUGGAAUCAAUGUAUCUACGACAAAACUGGAGAUUCAGCAUUACAUGUCGCGUCCAGAGCCGGUCAUCAUCUUGUUCUCAAGUAUCUGCAUGAAGAAGGAGGAAUGAAUCUGGAACAAGCAAACUUUGAUGGAAAGCGACCUUUACAUGACGCUGCACAGUUUUCACAGUUUCAGUGCGUGAAAUAUUUAAUCAGCCAAGGUGUCGAAAUCGACCCUAUGAAACGAGCGGAUUGGAGUCCCUUGAUGUUGGCGUGCACCAAGCAAAAUGACGCCAUCGUAAAAUUCCUGGCAGAGAACGGGGCAUCGCCAAGAUUGCGCAAUAAAGAUGGGUGGAAUAGUUUUCAUUUGGCUUGUCGAGAAGGCAACAUAUCUAUUGUCAGUUAUCUACUCAAUCAAGACCCUACUUUACUGGAGAGUCGGAGCAAAAAUGGACGAACGCCGUUACACACAGCGGCACUGCACGGACACCUUGAAAUUGUAAAAUUACUGACUGAAAGAUCUCAAAAGGAUACGCAGGAUAUGAAAGAUACUUGUGGAACAACUGCAUUAAUGGAUGCCAUUCGUGCUGGGCAUGUAUCGAUCGCUCGGUAUUUGGUUGAUGCCAAAGUCGCUAGUUCCGAAUGCUGGGACGGUUUAGGAAGAACACCUAUCCAUUUGGCAGCUCAGGCUGGCUGCAUUCCAUCUAUAGAUUUUCUACUUGACGAAUGUCACACCGAUAUCAAUUCUCCCGCUAGCGAUCUGUCUCGACCAUUACAUUUGGCCGCUAGGGAAGGCCACGCCAUAGCUGUUCAACAUUUAUUAGAACGAGAAGCAGAUGACUGCCUGAAAGAUUCACAUGGCAGAACAGCCUUGAAGGUGGCAAAGGAUUAUAACCAGCUCGGCUGUGUGCAACUCCUUGAAAAGACCGGACCAAACGACAGUAUGUAGAUCUAUUCACUUCCUAAUGCAAUUUGUGUGCGAUAAAAGGC